AUGUCUUCCUCCACCGCCUCCGCCACCAAACGCCACUCUAUCCUCCCACCCCUCCGAGACUCCGGCCCCAAAGCCCCCGUCCGCUUCUCCUCCUCCCUCGUCAUCGCCGACUCCGCCAUCCUGACGGGCACCCACACCAUCACCCUCCGCACCGAGAGCCUCGUCCACCCGCGGGCCAAGAUCGAGUCCCAGAUCGGUCCCAUCGACGUCGGGAAGCGAUGUAUCGUGCAGGAGCGAACACACGUCGGCGCUGCUGGUAGCGUCGGCGUCGCGGCCGACGAGGCGCAGGGCGUGACCAUAUAUGAUUACUGCACCGUACAAGCCGGCGCGGUCGUCGAGGCCGGUGGGACGGUGGUGGGUGAGGGGACCUUGGUGGGUGUUGGCGCGAGGGUUGGGAGGGGCGCCAGGAUUGGGAAUUGGUGUACUAUCUCCCCACGAACGAUUGUCCCCCCAGGCACGCAGAUUGACGACUUCACCGUUGUCUUUAGCAACGGCCAACAGCGGCGCGACAGGCGAGAUGUGAAGGACAUCAGGAAGAGGCAGCAGAUCAGGCAGCUGGAGGUGCUGCAGAAGUUGAUACCCAGCAAUCCGGCAAAGUUUGGAUGAAAGUCUGUCUUUUAUACAGAUCGAAUCCAAAAAUUCAGCAUUCCUACAACAGAAAGGUUUUGCCAUCAGGGCUGCCGUGGGCCGGAGGGCUUCUCAUUGUGACGAGGUUCCAGUCAGGCACACCGAUCCGUUCGAGACAGGAGAGCCUGCCUCAGUCCUACUCUACCCACGGCCAACCUGGAUAACGCACUGCAUAGUGGCAGCAAGUGCUUCGCACAGAAGGGUACAGAGGCUUUCGGCGGUACCCAAGCAUCCUCCUUCGCGGCAAUGGGAUACAAGAGGACACUCUGCACAAGGCUCCUAGCAGAUUUUCUACAUCGGGUCAAUUCUCAAGCAGAGCUCUGACAUGUCCAGGCUAUCGGGAAGUGCAAUGCCGUUUGACAAAGAUGAAAUGGCACUAUAUAGAAUUGCCAAGAAAUUGAUAGGUAUUCAUUCAAUCUGGAGUCUACCUG